GUGAAAGAAAAAAAAAAUGGAAUUAACUGACAAGUAAUGCCGGUAUAGUAGGAAUUUAUAUAGACAUAACCUUAAAUUAGAAGAACAUUUUUGAGCAUGUAUCAAUCAAAAACUUAGAAAGUAAUUAAAAAUUUUGUAAUAUUAUUGUCACCACUUAUAACUUGAGUGAAUAAGUAGCACUUUAUCAUGGAUUCAAGCGAGUCGCAACUACAAAUUCGACUGGUAACAAAACAAGAAAGUUUUGCGGUCCCAGAUGUGCCCCUGGCCGUACCAGGUUCUAUUGAACACAAUUCAUUAAAUGAAUUGGUCAACCAGUUAAUAAAAGAAAACAAAUCUGAUUUUCUGAAGCCCAAAGAAUUUGAUUUUUUGGUCCUGGGUGAACUAUUAAGGGUCCCCCUUGUAGAACAUUUAAAGGAGCACAACAUUUCAACUGAAUUAGCUGUUGAUGUUGAGUAUAUUGAGAGGACUCCAGCUCCGGAACCCCAAGAUUCACUUUUACACGAUGACUGGGUUUCAGGCUUACAUUGUGUGGAUAAAUGGAUUUUAACCGGCUGUUAUGACUAUUCUGUAAACAUCUGGACAACACAUGGAAAAUUAGUUACAUCCCAAAAAGAACAUACAAAUAUUGUAAAAAAAGUGGCAUGGUUAAAUGAAAACGAUUCCUCACAAGGUUUCAUAAGUGUUUCCCAUGACCUUACAGGACUACUGUGGCAAUGGGAACCAGGAACAGACAGUAUAAAACCCCUAGUUGCAUUAAAAGGCCAUGAAAAAGGGAUAGACAGUGUGGGGGUGAGCCCCAACUCCCUGAAAAUCGCAACAGGAGGGUGGGACACGAACCUCAAAAUUUGGACAUCAUCGUUUGAAAGCGACGACGAGCCUGCACACAAAAAAGUAAGAGGAGACAAAAACCUCAUUACCAGGACUCCAAUUCACACAUUAAAAGGCCACAAAGAAACCAUAACUUCAACUUCUUGGAUUGACAACCACGUGAUUUGCACUGUUUCAAUGGACCAUACCAUUAAAUUUUGGGAUGCCGAGUUGUGUGGUAUUAAGAAUGAAAUAGUUGGCCAGAAGGCGUUUUUGGAUUCCUCUUGGUCUCCCUUAUCCAACACUUUAUUAGCAUGUUCAGCAGAUCGACAUAUUCGAUUGUAUGAUCCAAGAUCGUCAGAGGGUUCAGUUGUUAAGACCACUUUCACUUCACAUAUUCUAUGGGUUAGUUCAGUUGAAUGGUCGAAAUAUGAUGAGCAUCUUUUUAUGUCAGGAGGGUACGAUUCUGGGGUCAAAUUGUGGGAUUCUAGAAGUCCUAAAGCCCCACUUUAUAAUCUAGAGGGGCAUCAAGGGCAAGUUUUGGCCGUAGAUUGGUCCAAUAACAAGUAUCUUGUCUCUGGGGGGUGUGACAAUAGUGUACACAUUUUUAGAAAUAAAUAUGUGUUUUAAGUAAAAAAUAAAGUUAAUUAA